UAUGGCAAGCCGUUCUCGUCAAAACUAUGUUUAAACCAUUUUUCGAAAAAUUUACACACUGAGAAUUUAAAAAAAACACACUGAGAUUAAAAAACUUAAAAACACACACUGAGAAUUAAAAAUUACACACUGAGAUUUCAUAAAGACGCACUGAGAUUACAAAAAAUGAAAAACACACACUGAGAAUUAAAAAUUACACACUGAGAAUUGAAAAUUACACACUGAGAUUUCAAAAAGACACACUGAGAUGAAAUAAACUGAAAAACACACACUGAGAAUUGAAAAUUACACAAUGAGAUUUGUGCGCACAUUUUAUGCGCACAGAUCUAAUUAGCAUAGUUAUUCUGAUUCUAUUACAAGCUUAAACAACUAGGGGACAGAACUCGCUUUUCAUCUGUAGCCUGGGUUCCUGACUCAAAUUGACAUUGCGAUGUGAAGCUCAGAAUAGGCCGGGAUCCCAGACUAUUUUUAUUUGGCGCCAUGGAAUCCGCAAGGAAACUUGUCACAGAACUCGUGGAUAACGAAGCGAUGAUGACCCGGCUUGCCAAUCAGUUACAAAACAGAUCUAACCGUACGAGUCCUGUCACUAGUCUGGCCAAUUUUGCAUUCCACAGUGGGAGUUGGAAGGCAAAGGGAGGGAAAUCCCCUAGAAGCAAAUCCUUCAAGAUGAGUAAGAAGUCAAAAGGUGUGUUCAUGAAGGAGGUGGUUCUUCUGGCAGGGCCUAAUUCAAGCCUACCAAAACAAAGCAGAAAAGAAAAACUCCACCAAAAUGGCCAUGUUAUGGCAGCUAUGAUAUUUGAAAAAGACUGGGAAUAG